AUGGCAGACCCAUUUUCGAUAACCGGCAGCGCAGUCGGCGUUGUUUCUCUUGCGAUCCAACUUUGCAAGGGCUUGGAAUGGUACGUCAGCGGUGUCAAAGACGCAAGAGACAAGACUGAACAGAUCGCGGCGGAGAUGGAAGAGCUUGCCAACCUACUCGAACUCCUCGAAUCCAUCGUCGCGAAGGUGGAUCCGUCCCAGUCGGUAUCGACAACUCUUACAGGUAUCGCAUCGUGUGCAGAGGCCAUUACAACGAUCAGAAAGAAAUUGAAGCCAGAUGAUCAGGCAUCGAGUGGUGGGAUCAAGUCGAACUUGAAGAGGCUGGGCAAGCGGAUGGCCUUCCCAUUCAAAGAAGCGGAGAUCGAAUACUGGAAAGGCGUUCUGAACACCAUACAGCAGAGUCUCCAGACUGCACUACUCGCGCUUGUUAUUGACCAACAACGCUUGGCUUCAGAGGAUUUCCGACUACGUUUCACCCAGUUAUCCACGGAUCAAAACGCGCAGCAUCAUUCCAAUCUGCAACUCCAACGUAUCGUCUUCGACAAGACACAGCUUCAGCUCGCUAGACAUUCACAAGCUUUGAGUUUCUGGGUCAAUGAGUGGGAGCAUGACUAUACCAGUUCUGACUACCUUAAGAACCUCCGUUAUGUCUUCAUGACUCUCCUUGCUCGAAUGUCUGCCGACGCUUUUGAAACAGACGCUGCCGGGGGGUAA